GAAAUACAGACAGACAGUGCCCAAGUUAGAAUACAGAUACAAAGUAAAUAUACUAUAGAUAAAAGAACUAUAAAUCUAUCUGUAUAUAUAUAUAUAUAAAUGUAUGUAUAUAAAUAGGGCAUGGACAUGCAACAAGUGGAGGCAUCUGUAGCAGAAGAUUUCGCGCGUAUUCGUGAAACACAAAUCGAUAAUGUUAUACGACUGCUAGAGAAGUCUAUUGAGCGUCUCAAAAUAUCGAUCAUAUUGCCCCGAAUGGCCGAUGAUUUGAAUGAAGUGGAGCCUGUGCUGCGUAACACCGCUUACGAGCCGGCCAUAAAUCUGUUAAGGAGACUGAAGGGCUUAGAUGUCGUCAAAACACAGAUGUUAAAUAUCGAAGUCUUGCACAUCAUUGACUAUUUUCAAUCCAACUAUCAGAUGUACGAAAUGUUUCCAAGGUAUCUCAACAAUAUAUCGGAAUAUGAUAAGACACUGUUAGUUUCCUUCGAAACGAUCCUGGCCGUGGCCAAGCGUCAUCUGUGGCGCACAUCCAAGGCUGAGAUAAUCAUGGAGCGUCAGCUGCAUGUCAUAUACCAGGAGAGAGAAGCGACAUUGAAACGCAUUGAGUAUUACAAGAAAAAGUUAGGAUCAAAGAAAGCGCUCCUGCGCUGGAAAUGGGCAACCCAAUUCCUGAUAUUAGAAAAACAAGAGGCUGACCUGGCCAACAGAAAGUGGAAGAACAAUGUGCGCAUCCAGAACGAAAUUGAGAAACGUACUCAGACUCUGCGCAAGCAUCACGAGGUAAGCGUGCAAAAGCAAAACGAAUUGGCGGAGGAGUUGGAAAAGGCGCAGGCCGAAUACGAAAAGUUGAUCACGAAGAAUGCGGAAAACGAAAAAGAUUUGCGCGAUGAAAAAAACAAACUGGUGAUACAGCUUGAGAACGCUCUGCACAGGUACGAUUCGAAUGUUGGGGAAAAGCUGCGCGAGAAUCUCCAAUUGGAGGAUAUGUAUAAAGCGGCCAAAAAAGAAUUGGAUAAUUUUAUGGUAUACUAUCGCAAAGAAGAGGCCGUCUACAACAAGAUUGUUGUCCAAUACGAACAGGAGGAACAGCGCAAGCACCAACAGAACAUUCUGGUCUUCAUGAUGAAUCGGGCUGCACGCAAGAUUCAAACAUAUUGGCAGGAAUGGCGCCGAGCCAAGCAGAAGAAAGCUCGCAAGGCCGCCAAGAAAGCGAAAAAGAAGUGAACGGAGCACAUAAAUGACAUAUGUACAUGUUUCUUUCUCUCUAUGUAAGGUUAGGUUGAAAGAAUAGCUGAAAUUAAUUUGAAUUGAA